AUGACGGUUCUUGGUAUGAAGGGAGUUCUCGUGCACUUUGCCCCUGCAAUUCUCCACAGUUCCACGGGUGAUGUCGGGCCAAAGGGCCGAGCUGCGGUUGGUGAUGGUAGAUGCGUUGCCGUGGGUUGCGACGGCGAGGCGCAGUCCGAGUUAACCCGAGCGAAGGUGGACACGAAGUGA